AUGAAAGGGAACUUAAAGGAAGAUUCUCGACGUCGACAGCUUCUCCUACCUCCGACGUUUCUCUUGGUGCUGGCGCCUCCCACCUCUGACCUCCGUCCAACCCCGCCCCACCAUCCAACGCUUUCCAACGACACCCAGCCGGUGGAGCCCCUCCUCUCCGGCAAUCUCACCUCGCAUGCCCUUGCCACAAACAUUAGGUCCGGUGACCUUUGGCUCACUGCUUCUAUUGCUCAAAUUUACAAGCCCUAUGUCUUAUUAAGUGCCAAUGUGUUAAGAGGAGAGUUCCUUCAUGGAGGUGCAGUUCUUGAUUGCUGCUUUCAUGAUGAUACCUCUGGUUUUAGUGCUAGUGCAGAUAACACUGUCACAAGGCUUGUUUUUUACCACAAAAGGAAGGAUCUUUUAGGACGCCAUGAUGCCCCUGUUCGCUGUAUCGAGUACUCUUAUGCAACAGGGCAAGUGAUUACAGGGAGUUGGGACAAAACUUUGAAGUGUUGGGACCCACGUGGUGGAGAAGUGAAGGGAAGUCAAAUCAUCUUUUAUGCGGGGCAAGUGAUUACAGGGAGUUGGGACAAAACUUUGAAGUGUUGGGACCCACGUGGUGGAGAAGUGAAGGGAAGUCAAAUCAUCUUUUAUGCGGGGCAAGUGAUUACAGGGAGUUGGGACAAAACUUUGAAGUGUUGGGACCCACGUGGUGGAGAAGUGAAGGGAAGUCAAAUCAUCUUUUAUGCGGGGCAAGUGAUUACAGGGAGUUGGGACAAAACUUUGAAGUGUUGGGACCCACGUGGUGGAGAAGUGAAGGGAAGUCAAAUCAUCUUUUAUGCGGGGCAAGUGAUUACAGGGAGUUGGGACAAAACUUUGAAGUGUUGGGACCCACGUGGUGGAGAAGUGAAGGGAAGUCAAAUCAUCUUUUAUGCGGGGCAAGUGAUUACAGGGAGUUGGGACAAAACUUUGAAGUGUUGGGACCCACGUGGUGGAGAAGUGAAGGGAAGUCAAAUCAUCUUUUAUGCGGGGCAAGUGAUUACAGGGAGUUGGGACAAAACUUUGAAGUGUUGGGACCCACGUGGUGGAGAAGUGAAGGGAAGUCAAAUCAUCUUUUAUGCGGGGCAAGUGAUUACAGGGAGUUGGGACAAAACUUUGAAGUGUUGGGACCCACGUGGUGGAGAAGUGAAGGGAAGUCAAAUCAUCUUUUAUGCGGGGCAAGUGAUUACAGGGAGUUGGGACAAAACUUUGAAGUGUUGGGACCCACGUGGUGGAGGUGCACAGGAGCGUGCAAUGGAGUUUUUUGAUGCAAUGGCACCAAUUAUUUUCUGUUUGCAAAGUGAAGGGAAGUCAAAUCAUCUUUUAUGCGGGGCAAGUGAUUACAGGGAGUUGGGACAAACUUUGAAGUGUUGGGACCCACGUGGUGGAGAAGUGAAGGGAAGUCAAAUCAUCUUUUAUGAUGCGGGGCAAGUGAUUACAGGGAGUUGGGACAAAACUUUGAAGUGUUGGGACCCACGUGGUGGAGGUGCACAGGAGCGUGCAAUGGAGUUUUUGUGA